AUAUAGAAGAAUUUAAAAAUCCUACAAAUGAAUUAAUUGCAGAAUGGGGAAUUUAUUGUGGGUUGAAUGAAUUGUUUAAAGAAGAUUUUGAUUUAGAUAAUUAUUGGCAAGAAAAAUUAGAAAUUUUACCAAAUUUAUUUAAAUUAGCAUUAAUUUAUAUUUGGUUACCUAUUUCAGCUGUGGUAGAAGUACAAGCAGAACAUGUUUAUGCCUGGCAUCAGCCGGUGACCGUUCUUGCUUGUAAAGAUUCAUUGAAGCUGGAAUUGGAACAGAUAGUAAAAGAAAAAAAUGCACUCAAGGUUGAAAACAUGAAUCUGAGGCAGAUUAUUGAAGAGAAUUCUAGACGUGAUGUAGAGUUUAAGAGCAGAAUUGAGGAGUUGGAGAAAAGUAGAGCAGAUACUGCUUUUGAGAAUGCUGAGCUUAAAACUGAAGUAGUAAAAUUAAGAUGUGAUUUCAAGGAAAUCAAAUCAAAAGGAAUAACCACCAAUUCUCUAGAGCAAUUACCAAUUUCCUCAUCAGCCAAAAAUGAGAUAGUAAGUGUUUUUACCAAAAUGAAAAAUUUGAAUGAUACUUAUAAACAGAUAGACUUACGAUGUGAUAAUACUCCUCCAUCUGAUAUUACUAAUAACGUUUCAAAUUCUGAUGAGACAAAUCUGACAAAUCCUCAAUGCACAAUAUCACCCAUAUGUGCAAAGUCUAAAUCUUCUGAAGAUAAAAAGAUCAAAUUUCUGGAACGAGUGCAUAAAGAACAGAUUAGGAACGAAAUAAAGGAAAGAAAUCACGAAAAGAAGCUUAGAUCCCAAGACCCUUUGUCAUCUAAUAAAGUUAUAGAAGGCAAUUCAGACAUAGAGUGUCCUGCUUCGCAGACUAUUAUUCAAAUAAAAAUGCCUCAUAAUCAGAAAAUAGAACAAGAUAUAAUUCAAGAAGUAAUUCUGUUUAUUAAAAAAUCUCUUAUCUUAUCGAGUGAUGAAAAAGCAUACUCACAAAAUGAACCUAAUAUUUCUGAAACUCAUGAUAGUAAUAUAGAAAUAAACAAUAAUGGACGAGAGUUGGUCCAAUUAUUUUCUGAUGCUAAAUUUGCAGAAGGCAAAAUGAUAAAGGCUAAGCAAAAAGAGGUAAUAUGCUGGUAUACUUACAGAAAAGCCUAUCAAACCAGCAUUGCUAAUAUACGCUCCAAAACUGAUGUUUCUGAUAAAACUGCAAAAAAUCAAGUUUAUGCUAUUAUUAGAGCUUCUUUACCCAAUGUAUCAGAAACAAAUUUAUAUAAAAAGACUCAGAGAGUUGGGAAUGUUUAUAAACUGUUUGGAAAAAUUACUGAUCCUAUAACUAAAGAAGAAAUUAAAGGGAUCAGAAUCGACAAAGUUUACGAAACUUUAUAUGGUGUAAGAAGUAUAUCAGAAUUAACUGAUGCUCAAAUUUUAAAUAUUAUAAAACAAGUUACAGAAAAAAUACGUGACAUCCUGGCCGUUGGUCAGGAACUUCAUGACGAAAUUUUACCAAAGGCAAACUUAUCUAUUUCUGUAGAUUCAAAAAAAUUACCAGGUAUAACUCUAGAAGAAUCAUUAGAAACCAAGAUAAGUAUACCAAAACAGAAUGAUCUGAUUCGUGACUGUGCUUAUUUUCGUAAUAAGAUAUUGUGGAGUUAUUCUAAUCUAUAUAAAGAAUUUAGUAGUAAAAAAUUUGAUUAUUAUAAAAUUCAUAAAGGGUCAUUAUGUCUGGCAUGCAAGUUGAGUCAUAAGAAUGAGAAGAGUAUAAAAGGUAGAUAUGAAGCUGGAUCUUAUUUUAUUAAAUGUGGACAGCAUGAAAUUGAAAUAACUGUGUAA